AUCCAUUACUAUUCAACUACUUUCGUUGUUGGCAGAGGAAAAACAUAAACGAAAAAUGAAAAAGUAAACGAGAAAUAAUUAGGUACUGAUAUAAGACGCUGUCGUUUUCACUGCUGGUUCAAGCUUUAUUCCCAUCUUCUAUAAAAUGAAAACAAAAAAUAAAAAAAAUAACGCCCAGAUCCUUGUUUGUUUGUUUCACUCUAUUGUUUAACGGAACACGGACGAAAAAAAUAACAAAGAAAAAAAGCGUCCAUUGAAAUUUGCUUCUUCCCGCAGUCUAUCCUCUGGUUAAAACCCUAGAUACAGGGAGAAGAGCGAGAAACUUCAUAUUCAUUCAGAUUCCUUUUUCUCUCUUGAAAACACAGCAACAGUAAAGGAAUUCAAAUUCUGAAGAGAAGAGAUCGAUGGAUUUGGAUCAGUGGAUAGCAAAGGUUAAAGGAGGGCAACAUCUUUUGGAAGACGAGCUUCAGCUUCUUUGCGAAUACGUAAAAGAAAUCCUCAUUGAGGAGUCGAAUGUGCAACCUGUCAACAGUCCAGUAACUGUCUGUGGUGAUAUCCAUGGCCAGUUUCAUGAUCUAAUGAAACUUUUUCAUACAGGAGGUCAUGUACCAGAGACAAAUUACAUUUUUAUGGGAGACUUUGUUGAUCGAGGUUAUAAUAGUCUUGAAGUUUUCACUAUUCUUUUACUUCUUAAGGCAAGGUACCCAGCUAACAUCACUCUCUUGCGUGGGAAUCAUGAAAGCAGACAGCUAACUCAGGUUUAUGGUUUCUAUGAUGAGUGCCAGAGGAAGUAUGGCAAUGCUAAUGCAUGGCGGUAUUGUACAGAUGUUUUUGACUAUCUUACACUUUCAGCAAUUAUAGAUGGGACUGUACUUUGUGUACAUGGUGGCCUUUCUCCUGACAUACGCACUAUCGAUCAGAUAAGAGUAAUUGAGCGGAACUGUGAGAUCCCUCAUGAAGGCCCAUUCUGUGAUCUCAUGUGGAGUGACCCUGAAGAUAUCGAAACAUGGGCAGUCAGUCCACGUGGCGCAGGUUGGCUAUUUGGGUCCAGGGUCACAUCUGAGUUCAACCACAUAAAUAAUCUUGGUCUUGUUUGUCGAGCUCACCAACUUGUGCAAGAAGGUCUUAAGUAUAUGUUUCAAGAUAAAGGCCUAGUAACAGUGUGGUCUGCACCGAAUUAUUGUUAUCGAUGUGGGAAUGUAGCUUCUAUACUGAGCUUCAAUGAGAAUAUGGAGAGAGAAGUGAAGUUCUUCACUGAAACAGAAGAGAAUAAUCAGAUGAGAGGGCCCAGAACAGGAGUUCCAUAUUUCUUGUAAUGAAAGGGAGAAAAAUACCGAAGUACUUGUAGAAUCAUCCAAACAUUUGGCUGUUUAAAGGAGGUGCAACGAGGAAGCCUUGAUACAAUGUUUGCAGAUGGACCUGUCAUGGAAAUUUUGUCUGGUCCAAGCUGCUUCUGAGUAUAAUUAGUGGGUCAUGUCUCAAGGUUGCUGCAUGUUGCAACAUGGGUUUUCCUUUAAAUAUCCGUCUUCAUUACCAUACGGUCUCUAUUAAUACAUAUUUCUUGAUGUUAGUUAA